GCCGAUGUUAACGCCCAGGGUGGUGAAUACGGCAAUGCCCUACAGGCUGCUGCGUAUAAUGGAAGUGCUGAGACGGUCAAGAUCCUGCUCGACGCCCAGGCCGAUGUCAACGCCCAGGGUGGUCAAUUCGGCAAUGCCCUACAGGCUGCUGCGUAUAAUGGAAGUGCUGAGACGGUCAAGAUCCUGCUCGACGCCCAGGCCGAUGUCAACACCCAGGGUGGUCAAUUCGGCAAUGCCCUACAGGCUGCUACGUAUAAUAGAAGUGCUGAGACGGUCAGGAUCCUGCUCGACGCCCAGGCCGAUGUCAACGCCCAGGGUGGUCAAUACGGCAAUGCCCUACAAGCUGCUGCAUGGAGAGGAAGUGCUAAGACGGUCAAGAUCCUGCUCAACGCCCAGGCCGAUAUCAACGCCCAGGGUGGUCAAUACGGCAAUGCCCUACAAGCUACUGCAUGGAGAGGAAGUGCUAAGACAGUCAGGAUCCUGCUCAAUGCCCAGACCGAUGUCAACGCUCAGGGUAGUAAAUACGGCAAUGCCCUACAGGCUGCUGCUACUGCAUAUGAAGAAAAUGCUAAGACGAUCAAGAUCCUGCUCAACACCCAGGCCAAUGUCAACGCCCAGGGUGAUCAAUUCGGCAAUGCCCUACAGGCUGCUGCGUGGAGAAGAAGUGCUGAGACAGUCAAAAUCCUGCUCAACACCCAGGCCGAUAGAGGAAGUGCUGAGACGGUCAAGAUCCUGCUCAACGCCCAGGCCAAUGUCAACGCCCAGGGUGGUGAAUAUGGAUUACCCCUCCUGGCGGCUAUCUAUUCAGGCCAUGCUAAUACUAUUCAAAUCCUUCUUCAUGCGGGUGCAGAU